AUGCAUUACAUUCGACUGCUGCGUGCUCCACGUAUGAGCGUCCAUGCCGACGGCAUGCAAGCCGAACUGGUAUUCACAAUCACGACUGAUCUGGGGGAGUCCUUUCUAUGCCCGGAAAAGGCCAUCGACCUGGCGGUUACGGCUCACGUCACCUCGCUGUGGGGAAAUUCAUCAUGCCUUCUUACCAGGAAGGGAGCCCUACAGUGGAAGGCUGGCAGGCGAGUGUGCAAGCCUGUUUUCGAGUUUCCGGAAACGAUUCAGCAGGCCUUCAUGUCCGGCGACACGGUUGAGCUCUGUAUCAGCCCCCACGCGGAACUGUCGGGGGACGAGGUCCAGCACAUCCUCAACUCGUCCAUCAAGAAGGCCGCCAGGGACGCCAGGGGCCUCAUCGUGCCUGUUUGGGUCGGCAUGAGCGGCCCCGAGGUGGAACAGGACAUGUCGACUCGCCGCCUCCGCCUGACUGCCCCCGCCGAGCCAGCGCAGUUUCUCGAGAUCCAGGAGCAGAUUGGUGAGAGCAUCGCCCGCCACAUCUGGGAUGCGGGCGUCAUCUCGCUCUGCGCCAUUGUCGGCGCCUACAGGUUCCCCAAACUCGAGACCAGCCAGCACCCCUGCAUGAAGAAGCUGCUCGGCAUCCUCAACGACAAGGACGGCGUCAACGUCCUCGAGCUGGGCUGUGGAGUGGGCAUCCUCGGCAUCGGCCUCUGCGCCGUCUAUCCCAGGGGCACCGCCGAAUGCACAAUCUUGAUGACGGACCUGAAAGAAGCAGAAGGCAGGGUGCGCUCUAACAUGGGGCUCCUGCAGCAGCUUCGCUCUGGUUCGGAUCUCGGCUACGCGCAAGUCAUGUAUGAGAAUCUCGACUGGAACGCGGCCCAGGACGGAGGCUUCCGCGGGCAGAUUCAGUACCGGCGCUGGGACCUCGUCAUGCUGAGCGACUGCACGUACAACGUUGACAUGCUCCCAGCCCUCGUCGGCACCCUGUCAGCCAUUCACCGCGCGAAUCUGGAAUUCACCCCCGACGACGACGAGUUUUCGACAAAGGUGUUUGUUGCCACAAAGCCGCGCCACCCGUCGGAGCGGGCCUUCUUCGACCUCAUGGCCGCGGAGGGUUGGGCCAUGGAGGAGAAGCAAGUCCUGUCGCUCCCCGUCCUGAGUGGUGAAUGCGAAUCGGUAGAAAUGUACCUUUUCGAAAAGGCAUAG